AUGAACGAGAACACCACGCAAUCCACUGCUAAAAAGCCACAACAAGUAGUGGACCGGCCUUAUUAUAGUGGCAAGCUGGACGACGGAGGAAGGAGGAGCUCGAGUCCUACCACCAGACAGCCUCCCGUCGCGCAGAAGGCUUGGACCUCUGCCAAGAAUCCUAUUACGGGUAGAUCGACCCAGACUCCACAACAGAACAACGCCGACAACAUCAAGCAGUCAAAGAUAGAAUCGCUGCGUGAGGGGCAACGAGCCCGGAUUACUCUCAACUCUGGCGCUGAGUUUGAAGGCAUUUAUGCCCAAAACCAGGCAGAUCCGUCCAGCUUCUUUCUGAGGAUGGUCCAGCGGCGUAAGGGCCCCGGCGACAUGGCAAACGGAUCAGCAAAAAGGGAGGAGCCCACGAUGACCUUCUCGAGAAAGGAUGUGUCUGAGGCUCGCAACACUGGCGGCAAUGUUACAAACAAAGAUGGCAAAAUGCAGAACGGAAACCGCACCGGAUUCCGAACAGACACGGCCAUUUCCAAGAAUCGGCCUGGAGUAGAGCGUGUCCUCCAACCCUGGGUGCCAGACAGCGGCUCCGAAAUGGAUGGCAGUCUUGAGAGGAUGUCUUUAAAUGAUUCCUCACAAGACGGAGGUAAAUGGGAUCAAUUCGCGACCAACGAGAAGAAGUUCGGUGUCAAGACAAGCUACAAUGAAAACUUGUACACAACAGCCAUCAACAGGAACCACCCCAACUACAAGGAGAGGGAUGCUUUUGCUAAGCGCAAGGAGCAAGAGAUUCUCGGCAGCGCGCCGACAACGUCGCACGUCGCAGAGGAGCGUGUGAUGGAUUACUCAGGCGGCAACGAUUCCAAAGGUGACGAGGAGGAUAAGUACAGUGGAGUCCGCCGCCAGGACUUCCCCCCACUGGGUGGAAGUCGGGAAAACAAGUACACCCCUCCUGCGAAGCGGGCGCCAACUGGUGCCGGACAAGGCUCGGUUGCCGGUGCGCCCGUCGAUCCUGCUAUUAUCUCGUCGCAGCUCAAGGGUAGCCAGAAGAAACCAACGCCGCAGAAUUCGAAUGAAAGCAAAGCCCCGAAAAAUGCACAAAACAAGCCGUCGGCACCUAAAAAUGUUGAGGCCAAGACCCCUGAGCCAAAAUCCGAACCCAAGGCGGAGCCCAAGACCGAUGCGAAAGCAGAGACCAAGGCAGCCGAGGUAAAAUCAGCUGAUAAGACGACGGAUUCAAACAAGACUGAUGAACCGAAGACCGCGGCUUCUUUGCGACCUGCCCCUGCAGCUGGUCGGGCAACUUCGCCACAGACGAAGCCUAGUGCAGCGGCGCCUAGUGCCACUUCUACAGUAGAGCGCGACCUUGUUCUCCAAUUCAGGCAUUUCGCGUCACGGGAACGAGAGAAGGCAAAGGAGGCACGCACAAGCAAAGUCAAGGCUGAUCAGCGUGACAAGCUGCAAGAUCUCAAGAAGUUCGGAGAGAGCUUCAAGCUCUCCACUCCUGUGCCAAGCGACCUCAUCCCCAUCAUUGCCAAGGACCCGGCGAAGCAAAAGGCCAUCCAAGAGAAGGCUCUGCAGAAUGCUGAGGAGAUUGCUAAGGCCAAGCUGACCAAGGAAAAGGAUGUUGAGACUCCGGCCAAACAACCUGCCGUCAAGUCGGGCAAGGACCAGGCACAUGCAGGCAGUUCCACUGCUCCCCAAGCUACCCCAGAAGUUCGCAAUGCCUCACGGUCUGGAGCGCCUCAGCAGACACCGGUCUCGGCUAACCAGAACCAGCGCCACCCCUCAAACCGUCCGUCUUAUACUCCGUCUGGAGGAUACAACAACUCUUACCGUGAUGGUCGAGCGUCUCAGUAUGGACCCCAAGGCCGGCAAGCCGGAGGUAAUUUGAGCUCGCGACUUCGCGCGGUUGAGUCCAACAGAAACCCGCAGCAGAUGGCCAUGCCACAUGCAAUCCCCAACCAACGUCCUCCCCCUACUGGUCCGGCGAACCUUGUGGGUUACAACCCGCAACUACCGCCAUUACAGAUGCACAUGGCACACCCUAAACUUAACCCCAACAGCCAUGAAUUCAGACCUAACGCGUUUGCACCCGCCUUCAACCCUAACGGCGGAGGGCCCGGUAAUGGGUCAAACUCUGGCUUGGGUAUGAGCAAUGUCGAAGUGCCACCUCAGUCAACCCUCGCUCCUGGACCACUGGUUCGCCGCAAGACCAAAGCUGUCGACGUCAAGAAGUGCAAUAUCCUGGCCCACAUCAAGACUUCGGUACCCCCUGCAGGUCGCAACUGGGAUGAAAACGAGGGUUUGCGCCCUGCGUAUGAUACUCUGCCGACAUGGCGGCAACUUAAGGAUGAUGAGGCGCCUGACUCGACGAUGCAUAUGACAUAUACUGAGUACCUUGAGAAAAUGCCUUAUGGAGGUGGUUCUAUGGCAACGCCUAAUCAGCCUCAUGCAAUGAUGGCUCAUCAGUAUCAGUUGCCGCUCCAUAUGCAACAGGGCGCACACAAUCUCGCACCUCGGCAAUCUCCGCAUAUGCCCCCUAUUCAGAUGCCUGGGGCCCAACACGGCCACAUGCCACACGUUUCUUAUGCGGGCGGAGACGACCAUAGGAUGAUGCACUCCAACUCGGCUCAGUCUUAUGCCUCCCCGAGGAUGCCUCAGGUGCCUAUCGGGUACCCACCGUCAAUGGGUUCCCCUGCACAGGUUCCGUAUCAGCAGGGCGUGAUGCCACCCUUCAUGCCCUCAACGCCACAGAUGAAUAACUACCGCUCCUUCUCCAAUAACCCACAAUAUAUGCCCCAGCAGAACAGUAGCCCAAUGACGGUUCCGAUGAUCCAAGGGCAGUUCCUACCCGCCCCGAACCAGAUGGUGGCCGGAGGUCCCCCAAUGAUGUACCCAGGUGGUCACCAGCAGUUCGUUCCAGGCGGCGCAGCUGCGCCCCAGCCCAUUCCUGGCGCCACUGGGGGCUACCCUAGUCCCGGUAGGCCCCAGGCCGCGAUGAUGUCCCAGCAAGGCUCCCAGCAGGGCCAGCCUAUGUAUGGUGUUAGUCCCAGCAUGCAGUUCCAGCAGCCCGUGUUUCCCUCUGGUCAUCCAGGACACAUGGGAAUGAGGGGCGGCUAUAAUGGUGCAGGCCCUCAAUAUGGAUCCAGCCCGCAAAUGCAUCAGCACCAAUACGGCGGACAACACCGUAACAACAAUAACAACAACUAUGGCGGUGGGGCUAGGCAUGGUCAGCAUCAGGGUGGUCAGCAAGGCCAUCAGUUGCCAAUGGGGCCACAGGGCCGCCAGGCCGAUGCUCCCGAGGAAGGCAAAUGAGAGACGACAGCCGCACCGAGCAACUAUAGCGUCUUUAUCAGCGUCCCGCGACAAACCCUAGACGUUCAGCCUUUCUUUCCGACUUGAUGAAGCACUCGUCAGCGCCGUGGGCGACACGAGCCCUUUGUCAUGGAGCCCUCGAUUGUGACUAGAUGGUAACAUUGCAAUACUCAUUCCACCAGGUUGCUUGCUCAAGAUGUUCAUCCGGUUCCGGGGGAAAAUCAAUGACAUCUUUGAUUGCCGCCACAUUUGAUUCUUAACAGGAUCAGAAAACCCAAGAUAACCAACUUAUUUCCAUCUACGUUUCUGCUGAGCACAGCGCCGCAUAUCGGGACCGCGAGAAUGCUAUUGCGUCGAGAUGCUUACCAGCCUGCAUUUAUUUGGGGGAAUGUGGCUGGGAUUCAUCUCGCACCAAGGUUGGCGUGGGGCCGGUCGCGCAAGCUGCCAUGGUAUCCUCAUUCGAGGGCAGAACCGGUCCGUUUUUGGCAUUCGUCAGGCUUGGGAGAUUUGCAGCCUUCGAUGAAGGCCGGCGGGAGGGAGGGAUAGCUUUUACUCUAGCUUUUCAUUCUUGGACUUUUCAUAUGACGCAUGGACUAAACUCCGAGAAAUUGGCGCCUCACUUGUUCCCUUUGCAAACUCAGCUAUAUCACUGGCCGUACAGGUUGUGAUGGGGCAAGCAGUUAGGAUUUCCGCCAUCUAGUCUACCUAUUAACAGCUCAUCUCGUCUAAGCAUUUCACCCAUCCCCUCAAGUAUCACAUGUACACAAAAGCCUGCUUUUCUUUUCUUUUGAGUUGGACGGAAACCCUCCAUAACGUACUUUGUAUACUUGACCCUUCCCACCCCUUAUCUUUUCGAUAGCGGACAUAGACGCACUGGGGAAAAUAGUUUCAGAGGGUGGUGAUGGGUGGGUGUUUGCCAUGGCCAGCAAUUAGAGAAGAUUCUUGGCUUGCUGGAUGGGGGAGAGUGGGCUGAAAUCGAGGCCGGACGCCUAGAAUGCCCUGUCAAGCUGCAACAAACUGCGGUGAAUUGUAUUGUAUAUACAAUAACUGGAUCCUGGUGCUUCGAGGCUCAAGUAGCAAUGGUGGUGGUGUAAAGGAUCGAGUUUUUAUCAUUUUUGGGAGUAGUGGCGAGGGAUAAGGGGCUUUUGUA